AUGAGGAUGCUCAGGUGGGCCUGCUGGACGCGACUGGUCCGUAUCAUAAACGAGGAUGUCAGAGCGGUCAUAGAAGUUGCCCCUGCACAAGCAAAGAUGAGAGAACAGCACUUACGAUGUUACGGACACGUAAUGAGAAGACCACUGAAUCAUCCAACAAGGGAUACAAUGGAGUUUGAGGCUAAAGUGAAGCGACCACGAGGAGCCCCAAAGAAGAAGUGGCGGGACGUGAUUAAGAAGGUCCUCACCGAAGCUAAAGUAACGGCAGAAGAUGCCGUGGAUAGAAGGAAGUGGGGACGAUUGACAAGAAUAGCAGACCCUGCGACUGCGCGAGAUUAA